GGUUGGAGGCGGCGGUAGCGGCGGUGGCGCGGACGCAGGGUGGCUGGGCUGGAGUGCGCGGCCGAGCGGGACCAGCGUUCGCAGACAGCCGUGUGGACCCGCCGCCCCGGGGGCCAUCGCCGAGGGCCAGGCGGGCGCGGACAGGGCGGCUCCAGGCGAGGGCCGGGCCGGGGGUCAGCGGCGGGGGCGGCCGGCGGGCGGCCGGGGCCGGGACGAUGACUCUGGAGUCCAUGAUGGCGUGUUGCCUCAGCGAUGAGGUGAAGGAGUCCAAGCGGAUCAACGCCGAGAUCGAGAAGCAGCUGCGGCGGGAUAAGCGCGACGCCCGGCGCGAGCUGAAGCUGCUGCUGCUCGGCACGGGUGAGAGUGGGAAGAGCACGUUCAUCAAGCAGAUGCGCAUUAUCCACGGGGCUGGCUACUCGGAGGAGGACAAGCGGGGCUUCACCAAAUUGGUCUACCAGAACAUCUUUACUGCCAUGCAGGCCAUGAUCCGGGCGAUGGAGACUCUGAAGAUUCUGUACAAGUAUGAGCAGAACAAGGCCAAUGCACUCCUGAUCCGGGAAGUGGAUGUGGAAAAGGUGACGACAUUUGAGCACCGGUACGUCAAUGCCAUCAAGACCCUAUGGAAUGACCCCGGCAUCCAGGAGUGCUAUGACCGGAGGCGGGAGUACCAGCUCUCUGACUCCGCCAAAUACUACCUGACUGAUGUGGACCGCAUCGCCACCUCGGGCUACCUGCCCACACAGCAGGACGUGCUUCGGGUCCGUGUGCCCACCACUGGCAUCAUCGAAUACCCUUUCGACUUGGAGAACAUCAUCUUCAGGAUGGUGGAUGUGGGAGGACAGAGGUCUGAGCGGAGAAAGUGGAUCCACUGCUUUGAGAAUGUGACGUCCAUCAUGUUCCUUGUGGCCCUUAGUGAAUAUGACCAAGUCCUGGUGGAGUCGGACAACGAGAACCGCAUGGAGGAAAGCAAAGCCCUGUUCCGGACCAUCAUCACCUACCCCUGGUUCCAGAACUCGUCGGUCAUCCUCUUCCUCAACAAAAAGGACCUGCUGGAGGACAAGAUCCUGUACUCCCACCUGGUGGACUACUUUCCCGAGUUUGAUGGGCCGCAGCGGGACGCUCAGGCCGCCCGGGAGUUCAUCCUGAAGAUGUUUGUGGACCUGAACCCCGACAGUGACAAGAUCAUCUACUCGCACUUCACUUGUGCCACUGACACGGAGAACAUCCGCUUUGUCUUUGCGGCCGUCAAGGACACCAUCCUGCAGCUCAACCUGAAGGAGUACAACCUGGUGUGACCGUGUGGCGAGCCCACGGGACAGACCCUCCUGUGUGAUGAUGUGAUAGCGGCUCUGCCCGCCGAGGAGCUGGGGUUUUUUUUUUGUUUUUGUUUUUUUUCAUAUUUUUAACAAAUGGUUUUUAUUUCACAGUUAUCAGGGGAUGUACAUCUUUCUUUCUAUAUCCUUCGUGCACCUUCUCACCUUUUGUCAGCAGCACAGGCUGCCUUUUUCUGGCCUUGACUGUGGCUCGCCUUUUUUCUAGAAAAAAAAUGGAAAAAAGACAAAAAAAAAGAAAAAUGAGACAAGCAGAGAUGAGAUACGCGAGUGCCCUGUCCCCAGCGCCUCCAGGCCUCCUCCCUCAGUUCCCUCACCCCAACCAGGGCUGCACCUUCGGGCCACCGUGGGACGGAGCCGCCCCCAGCUGGCCCUGGCCCCUUGGCGUGGAGAUGUGGAGACUGUGACUGACUGCUCUUCCUUCCUUUUUUUUUAAGUUAUUACCAUCCUCACAACUUUGCUGUGUUCUUGCUCACUGGACUCCAAGAAGUGGGGGUGGGUGGCGUCCCCUGUUGCCCACCCUGGGAAGUGCCUAACCAUUUUUUUUUUAAGGGAAAACAAAAAGUAUAUGGGCUCCUCUGCAAUGAAGGAGAUGCCUCCUGACCCUCACUCAGCCUCAGGUGGCUGCCUGGUCCCCACCGCCCUCUGAGAGCCCUGGGGGAUUGGGGGAUUCUCUGGGUAGUGUCUCCAGGGCAAUCUGGUCUGCUCAGAGCUCUCCCUGGCCUGGUUCCUGUGCCCCUGAGGGUCAUGUGCUCACCUCCCAGGCUGGAGAGCCCUCGGGAGGCCUGGGAGAGGGCCUACUCAGAUGGGAGUCACUUUUGCUUUCAUUCCAUUUUGUAGUCCUUUAGGAAACAGUGAUGAUGGUGGGCUGGGGACUUUUUCAGAACAUUCUCAGGUCUGUCCCCACGAGGCAGGGAGAAGUUGAGGGAGAGUCCUGCAGUGGAUCUCAGGCAUGGUGGCCUCUGCCGCACACACUUGCUGACCCCUGUGCCCCGAGCUGCUGGGAACUGAGUCGACAGCAGGGGCACCUUGCCCAGAGCUGUCGAGGGUUGCAUGGGAGCCAGCAGCUGGCACCUUGGUCUCGGGGCCACCUCCAGGCCAUGGCCAUGCACUGAGCCAGAGCCACGGGCUGCCUGGCCUGGGGACCCCAUAGAGGAACUCGGAGGGAGGGUACAAGCAGGGGGCUGGUCUUUUGUGGGGAGGGAGGGAGGCAGCUUUUCCUGUGAUGUAGACUGAACACUACAGUGUUUGUUUUUUGCACAAAUGGAAGGGAAAGGGACCACCAGCAAUGUCUGGCCCUGCCCACUACACCUGGACCCUAUAGAAGCAGCCUCUGGGGCUGCACCUUUUUGGCACCAUUAACAAAUAGAAAAGAAACAAUGCAAAAAUCCAACCCACCCAGACAGCCAGUCCUGGGCUGCUGGCCCCCACUUUCCCUCUCCCAGUCCCAGGACAAAGCCGGGACGGUCCCAGGGCGAUGGGGAGCAGAAGACAGGCAGAAAUUGGGGGUGGCUACAUUCCUGGUGAUGAGCUCCAUCUGGGGGCAGAAUGGGCCAGGGAUCCCCAGCUUCUCGGCCAAUUUUCCAAAAAGGGUCCUUUUUUGUGCCAUGUAUCUAUUUGAGAGGGUUGAACAUAAUCCCCCAUUCUUGCCCUCAGUCCGGGGGGAAGCAGGUGGUGCUGCUGGCAUUGGGCCUCUGAAAGGUCCAUAUCACAGAAAGGAACUGGAUUGGGCUCUCGAGGGGUGGCGUGAGCAUGUGGGGGAGCACCCAAAGAGUGUACUGCUCUUGGAGAGGGGGUAGUGUGCCAAGCAUCCCACAGCCCAAGGUUGGCUGGAGCGCCAAACCACCCCCGCCCGGGCCUUCUGAAGCCCCAUGGGCCUGACCCCACCCCCAGGAGCUGAGGGCAGGGCCACCCUGUGUCCCAGGGGAAUCUAAGACCAGUUUUGUGCCAGUGUCAAUGCCAGCCAGGACGGGAGGUCUCGGUCCCUCUCGGGUCCCAUGCCAGGUUGGAUGAUGUCUUUGAUUUUUACCCUGAUGAACUCCUAAUGCUCUCUCUCGUGCCAACCUCCCGGCUCCUCCCGCUGUGUCAGAUCACAGUACAGCUAAUGCCCCCUGCACCCGCCUCCCUGAGAGAGAUGUCCUAGUGCCAAUGCCCCCUAGUGGCAGUGCGGGAACUUGCGGCCAGUGGGGUGAACACUGUCUGGUGAUACUUGUAUAUUACAGUCCUGAUUUCAGACGAUUUAAACUUUAACCUAUUUAAAAAAGAAUAUUAUAUAAAAAUGCUGUUUUUAAACCUUUUGUCAUUUGAAAUGCAUGUAUUGUUGCGCGUGCUGGGGGAUGGGCAUGAUUAGCUCGAUGCCAACCUGUGGCAGACAAAGGCUGUCCCGUCCAGAUGGGUGGGCCAGCAGGCUCUGCUCAGUGUGCCGGGGCCCUGACCCCUUAAUCCAGAGAUAACUGAUGGAAAUUGACUUUUCAUAUC